UGGGCUCAGCUGCCACCUGGGACAAUGCCAGUUGGGAGUCCUGGCUGCUCCACUUCCUAUCCUGCUCCUUGCGAAUGCGCCUGGGAAAGCAGCAGAACAGGGCUCAAGUCCUGGGGCUCCUGCACCCACCUAGGAGCUGCGAUUGGAGUUCCAGGCUCCUGGCUUUAGGGAUGAAGAUCUCCAUCUGUCUCUGCCUUCCAAGUAAUUUUUAACACAUUGAUUCAGAACAUGUAAGAGGAUAUAAAUAGGAAUGAGACAAGAUCUUACGAAAAUGUGUAAACACCAACGCGGAGAGUAUUACGUUAAUACUUUAAAAAUGACGAGAAUAGUAGCUAAACAGGUUCAGAAGAGCGGAAGACACUCCUCCCCCUAAGCCUUGAAAGGCGCAGUGAUGUCCUUUACUGUUUUGCCUGAUUUUUGAAGGACUUCUGUCCUGACUUCUCAGUCCUUCAGUAGGAAAUUGGGUGGGGACAGGGCCCAGCUGUUUGUAAAAUACUUGACUAGAACGAUCUGCAAACACAGCCCCCCUCCCAUCCUCUGCCAGAGACCCCAAAAAGCCGACUGCCUGCCUGCGGGGUCUCCACAUUCCGGCGGGAGUUACAAACCCAUGGCCGUCAGGCAGCGGCGCCCCACCAACGCGCAAGGCCAUGGAAGCCCUAAACAGUUUCACCCGAGGUUGGGACUAGGCAGUAAGUUUUUCCGCCAACCCUAACGCUAGCCUCGGGAAGCAGCAGCUAAAACUUGGACGCAAACCCCACUAGCGAGGCAGGACCCGGGUUCUUGGCGCCAAAGCCAAAAGCUCGGGGGCCGUCCCCAGCCGGAACUACACCACACGUAACACGCGCAGUCGGUAACCCUCCGCCUCGUUAAGUAGUCCCGCCCAGGAGGCCUCUGAUUCAUACUCUACCACCUCCAGAGGCCUUUACUAGAUAAGAAAUGAGCCUCGGGUAUACAUCUUAUUUCCAUUCGAAAGGCAAUGUAGGUUUUGCGGUCAAUCCCCCUCCACAGAUUCCUCCGCCAGAAAGAGCCGCUGAGCCUUCACUUCCGGGUCCGCCAUUUUGUUGCUUCCAUUUCUCCCGGAGGGGGGGUAAAGGCCCCCAAAAUAUGCAUAUAUGAAAAGGCCAAAAAGUAACUGCCACUGACAGGGAGUCAAGUUGAGAAGGAAACGGGACCAAACUGGCGGGCUCGGCGAAAGCGCAGCCGGCAACGUCCCGGACGAAGAGCUAUCUGAAAACCUUUUUUCCCAUGCAUAAAGAUGUCUUUGGUGGACUUGGGGAAGAGGUUGCUGGAAGCAGCAAGAAAAGGCCAAGAUGAUGAAGUGAGAACAUUAAUGGCAAAUGGUGCCCCAUUCACCACAGACUGGCUUGGAACAUCACCCCUCCACCUCGCAGCCCAGUAUGGUCAUUAUUCCACAGCAGAAGUGCUCCUUCGUGCAGGCGUAAGCAGGGACGCACGGACCAAAGUGGACAGGACCCCCUUGCACAUGGCUGCAGCUGAUGGACAUGCACACAUCGUGGAACUGCUUGUUAGGAAUGGUGCAGAUGUGAAUGCCAAGGACAUGCUGAAGAUGACAGCUUUGCACUGGGCCACAGAGCACCACCAUCGAGAUGUUGUGGAGUUACUCAUCAAAUAUGGAGCAGAUGUCCAUGCUUCCAGCAAAUUUGAUAAAUCUGCCUUUGACAUAGCAUUAGAGAAGAACAAUGCUGAGAUUUUGGUCAUCCUCCAGGAAGCAAUGCAGAAUCAGGUGAAUGCUAAUCCUGAGAGAGGCAACCCUGUGACUAACCCUGUGGCUAUGGCUGCUCCGUUCAUCUUCACAUCGGGGGAGGUUGUUAAUCUUGCUAGCCUUGUUUCUUCAGACAACACCAAAACCACCUCAGGUGACCCCCAUGCCUCAGCAGUACAGCUCUCAAAUUCUACCACCUCAGUGCUGGCCACUCUUGCAGCUCUUGCUGAAGCAUCAGCGCCCCUCUCCAGUUCACACAGAGCCACAGCCAAUUCAGAGGAAAUUGUGGAGGCAAAUUCUGUUGACUCAUCAAUCCAGCAAGUGGUGGGGAGUGGAGGCCAGAGGGUCAUCACCAUAGUGACUGAUGGAGUCCCUCUGGGUAAUAUCCAAACUGCAAUCCCGACUGCAGGCAUUGGCCAGCCGUUUAUAGUAACUAUGCAAGAUGGACAGCAAGUUCUAACUGUACCUGCUGGUCAGGUUGCAGAAGAGACUGUAAUUGAAGAGGAAGAGGAAGAAGAAGCAGAGAAGUUGCCAGUUACAAAGAAACCAAGGAUAGAAGAGAUGACACACAGUGUGGAAGAAAGAAAGGAAGGCAGCGAAAGAGAGCUACUGCAGCAGCAACUCCAGGAGGCCAAUCGAAGAGCCCAGGAAUACCGACACCAGCUCCUGAAGAAAGAGCAGGAGGCAGAACGGUACCGUCUUAAGCUGGAGGCUAUGGCUCGACAGCAGCCCAAUGGAGUUGAUUUCACCCUGGUCGAAGAGGUGGCUGAGGUAGAUGCUGUAGUAGUCACAGAAGGGGAGGGAGAAGAAAGAGAAGCAGAAGUGACUGGGUCAGGAAAGACCACAGAGUCCCACACGGGAGCUUCCUUGGAAGCGGUUUCAUCUUAACAUGCAAAUGCCACAACUCGCACCUGUGUUCAUCUUACUACAUUUUUAAAAAAGAAAAUACAGAGGACAAAUGUAUAAAAAUUAAGAACAUCCUUAAGAAGAAAACAAUAGCAGGGUACAAUGCUUGAGCUCAGGAAGGCUCUCUAUGCAACUGGAAAAUUAAAGCCAUAUUUAGGAAACACUUCUUCGGAGGGACCAAGUGAAUAAGGACCACAUUCUUAGCACACGCUAUUACCUUAAGUGUAGACAUAAAGUCUGCUGGGUGCUGUCAGUAGACUUUUUUUUUUUUUUUUUUUAAGAACUCGCUUUCAAAAGAUUUUACACUCCUAAAUACAUACUACCAAGAGCCUUUAAUAACUAUACCAUCAAGUGACCUGAAAAUUUGCCUUAGAUUUAUGAUGUGUAUCUGUUAGAGAUUUAUGAUGUGUGUCUACUGGGGAAGGAGAUUAAAAGGAAGUUUUGGGUGAGAGAAAAGAAAUAUAUUCCACUUCCAAAGGAGCAGGCACUCCUAGUUAUUCUCAUUGAAAAGAGAUUUGUGAUUUUCUGAAAAAUGUGUGUCUAUGUGUAUCCAUUGCUCAGAUGCCACUUUAAGACACUGAAAGAGAGUUUUUAAGAACUAGAGGAGAGGGCCAGCGCCACGGUUCACUGGGCUAAUCCUCCGCCUUGCAGCGCCGGCACACCGGGUUCUAGUCCCGGUUGCCCUCUUCCAGGACAGCUCUCUGCUGUGGCCAGGGAGUGCAGUGGAGGAUGGCCCAAGUGCUUGGGCCCUGCACCCCAUGGGAGACCAGGAUAAGCACCUGGCUCCUGCCAUCGGAUCAGCGCGGUGCGCCGGCUGCAGCGCUCCGGCCACAGCAGCCAUUGGAGGGUGAACCAAUGGUAAAGGAAGACCUUUCUCUCUGUCUCUCUCUCUCACUGUCCACUCUGCCUGUCAAAAAUUAAAACAAAACAAAAAACUCCUAGAGGAGAGAACACUUGUUUAUGUGGGAGAAGUGUAUAUAAACCCAGUCCUGCAGGCUGUGUUUUCCACAGUGCUGGAAAGUGGCCAAAACAAGGCCUGCUGGACUUUGAAACUCCGACCUUUAGAUACAAACUUUGCUCUGACUGGAUUUUGUAAAUUCACAAUCAGGAGGGUAGUCUGUUGUCAGAACAACUUGAUUCCAAACAUGUAUUUAUGUAAUACCAAGCUCAGACUCUUGGAUUUUAUAAACCUUUGUCUCAGUGUCAUUCGGGACAUAUGUGUGCUUUUCUGUGGAGCUGACAUCCUUUUACUACUCCAGUGUUCUCUUAAUGUGCAAAGGGUGACUGGGUGGGGGGCCAGAGUCGGGGAUGAACACUAAUGAUGUUGGGUAGUUUUGUUUCUAUUUGAUUCAGGAUGAGUAAAUUGCUCCCUGUCUUUAACCUUGGGCCUCACACAGAGCUUUGUGCUGUAUGGGUGCUCACUGUAUGUUGACAAAGGGAAUAAGAAUUAUCAGUGCCAUAAAGUAGGGAACCAGAUUCUGGCCACUUUGUCUACCUCCAUCCUUUCUCUCUCACUAUGCCUGCUCACUUUGCCCAGAGACUUUUGGAAAACAUUUCAUUAGAAAACAUGGAGUGUUUUCUAAGAACGGGCAUACAGAUAGAGAGAGGUUGUGGAAAGGUUACAUGACAGGGGCUAUUGCCUUUGAAAUUGGGUCCUCAUCAUUCUAAACGGGUUUGCUUCCUUUGUUGAAAGCUAGAAAAAGAAACCAGAGAGAAAUGUGCCAAGUAAACAUUUGAGUGACUGUUUAGAAUAUGGUUUUCUUAAUUAGCAAUUAUGGGGAAAACAUGGAUUUUUAAUUUGGGGAAAAAAAACUUGACAGUUAACAUGCUUCUAUUUACCUUGAUUAGUGAAGUGAUUUACUGCAGUGUUCCAGAGGUGCAGAAUCAUUUUGGGUUCUAAAUAGACUGAAAACAUAAUUAAUUACUGAAACAAAAUUUAACAAACAGAAUUGACUAUUAGAAAUUUAUAGGCAAAAAAUACCAGUUUUGGAUUUAAUUUUGGCUGUCGGCCACCUCAGCUAGGCUUUCUCCUCAGAUCUGAGUCCUCAGCGCUUCCCAGCUGACCUGACAUCCUGAGUGCUGAGAGCCCAGGUGAGGGUGAGGAUGAACUCGUGUCUGCUGCCAAACCGUCUCCUUCCUGUAUUCAGUGUUUUCUUUUUUGUGAGUCUCUCUGGGGACUGGUGCUGUCCGGUUGUGAUAUAUGUGGCUGUUUUGGAGCCUUAGCCUAAGAUACCAUUUGUUUAUGGUUGUGGUGCAUAUGUUGACUUUAGUUCCUUUUUUCCCUGUUACGGAAGUGGAGAUUGAUUGCAGAAGAUACCCAGGCCCAGCCACCUCACUGUCUGGGGUAGCUACAGGUGGAGGGCAGGAAUGUCCAUCCACCAUUCCUCUCUGAGCCUUCAGACUCCCUACCCUUUUGGAAACCUGUUUAGGUCAUUCUUAUUCUCUUUCUGUAAAGCAAUCAUUCUCUGCCCCACUGGUAUCUCUAAUAUAGACCAAGUCACUUUUGAUGAUAGGUUCUCUGGUAUAGGGGUCUGUUAGGGGGACACUGGAAUAGGGAAGGAGAGAGGAGAAAUGUCUAACAAGGGGCAGGUUGUAUCCCAGGGAAGGGAACUAGGAUCUAAUCUGUUGUAUUUGCCAUGGAGAGAAUGGUAGGUCAGGCUGCCUUGAAGUGGUUGGAAGUUGAAUAUUGAAUGUAUUAGUGGCAGUACCAUUUUAUUGCAGCUGUUUCUGAAUCAUUCAUGGAAGUUGGAAACAUAUUGCUUAAAUCUUCUGGGUUAGGGGAUUCUAAGUGGUUUAUUGGCAAGGUUGGAUUAUAGGAAUUAAGUAACAGGUUGGUCCUUGAGCAGGAGACUUGGGGCUUUGUCUACUUUAGAGUUGCUUUAGGGAUCGGCAGUGUGGCGUAGCGGGUAAAGCAGCCUGCCUGCAGUGCUGGCAUCCCAUAUAGGCGCCGGUUCUAGUCCCAGCUGCUCCACUUCCGAUCCAGCUUUCUGCUAUGGCCUGGGAAAGCAGUAGAAGAUGGCCCAAGUGCUUGGGCCCCUGCACCCGCAUGGGAGACCCAGAAGAAGCUCCUGGCUUCAGGUUGGCGCAGCUCCAGCCAUUCCAGCCAUCUAGGGAGUGAACCAGUGGAUGGAAGACCUCUCUCUCUCUCUCUCUCUCUCUGCCUGUGCCUCUCUGUGACUCUGCCUUUCAAAUAAAUAAAUCUUAAAAAAAAAAAAAAAAAAAAGUUGCUUUAGCAAUAUCAGUAUUAAUGUCAGGAAUUUUAGUGCCUGUUAUUUGCAUUUUAUUCUUAAGCCUUCCCCCCCAAAAAAAGAUAAAGAAUUUUUUAUGCUUCUGUUCUUAUUCCUAGCUUCAGGGAAAUAAAUUAUAAAUAAAUAAAUGUAUAACAUGAGCAUUCCCUUCCCAUCACUACCUCUCUGGGAUCUCUCAAUUAUAAUACCAGAGUUGAGGUCUCUUAAUUGAAAUAUGGGACAACUUGAUUUAGAUUUUCUGUGUUUUGAACUUAGUACCUUGUUCUUUUUCUCUGUCAAAUAAGCAUUGGGUUAUUUUUUACUUUGCAUUUUUCUUCAGCCUUAACAUUGCAUUAGUAAAAUUUUUGUGUCUGUAUAGUAAUGUUAGAAAUCUAUGGCAUACGGAAUUACUGUUUUUCUUUAUAUUGAUGUAAAACAAAUGAAUUUAUCAGAGGGCUCUGUAAUUGAAGUUGAAUAUUGUAGGGUUGUGGCAGGUUUUAUACCCCUUUGUUGGGUAUACGUUAGUAUCUAGGUUUGUAAAUACAUAGGGAUUUUCAGUUUUUCUUUGCUUAGUUGAGGUUCAACUCUAUAAAAUACCUGGUGUAACCUGGAAAUAUUUUUAUUGUAUUGAACAUGUAAAGAUUGUACUCGCUGAAUGGGCUGAGGAACAAAAAGCAUUACUUUAGGCCUUCCCUGAACAGGCAGUAAGGAGAACCCCCAAGAAUCAGGCUCUGAGAGCCGUCCUGGCUGUCAGGGGUGUGCUGAGCAUAUCCUGCGAAGACAGCACGGGUGCCGACAGGUUCCGAGCUGUGUCAGGGGUGCAGGUGGCGCUCCUGUGCACAGUGGGGGCUCCUCGCCUGUGGGAGCGCUUCUGACCUGCCCUUGGGCAGUGUCCUGCGCCUCUGACAGGAAGGAACCUCCAGGUCAGGGACGUCCUCUACGUCCGCUUUCCUAGCUCCCACGUCUCUUGAGAGCUCCUGUGGGAGAGCUCCCCCAGCAGUCUAGGCCUGCAGGGCCAGGGGAUUUGAGGCAAAUAGUGACUCUUCCUAGAAGUUUAAUGUUGAAUGGGAAUCCGUUUUUGUUAAUUUAUCAGAGAAUCCCUUCUUGUCCGUUCUCUACUCGUGCAGACCCACCCUGGGCGGCUACGAAAGGAGAGUGAGAAUGGAAUACGGGCCAAGGCUGCCUGACUGUUCUAGGCUCUUACCAAGCUCUGCUUGGGCAUGAGUAUGUCCCCCUUCCGAGUUAGUGCCUUGUUUCCUGCACCAGCUUAUUUAACAAGAGGCCAGAGCGAGGAUAUGAAUUAGAAUUAAAUAACUUUGAGCUUCUCAUGCUGCCUUUUCCAAACUUUUUGUUUGUUUGUUUUAACUUCCCCUAGAACUAGCGGGUAGAGUGACAUUCCUAGAUUCUAGAGUUUGUUAAUGAUGGGAAACUGUGAUUACCUAUCUCCAUCUCCCCUCCACCCUCCACGCCAGCAGACAGAUACUUCUGCUUCUGUGACCCCAUUGUUUCUAUCUGCUGAGACUUUCCCAGGCACUCGAUUUAAUUAGUAGAUCAUUUCAAAUCUAUGGGCCUUGUCCUUUCUCCUUCCACUCCCCCUUCACUACCAUGUACUUUUCCUUUAUUCAGACUUGGUUUGUUUCUGAGGAUUAAUCUAGGUCACACCCUGCAUCUUGUACUUCCCAGUUGGUUUCAGCGUUUUCCACAACAGUGACGGAGCAGCUCUCUUCCCUGGCUUUGCCCCAUGUGUUCUCCGUCUGCCCAGGCCGUGUGUGUGUGUGUGCGUGCGUGGAUGCAUGUGUGUGUCUGUACGUGUGUCUGUGUGCAUGUGUCUGUGUGUGUUGCAGGAAAGGGAUGCACACAGAUUAUUCUCACAGUGUCCUCAACUUUUCAGAUUAUCUGACAGCUUUAUGUACAGUGUUUUUAGGAAAACUUAAAUAUAUGUCCCUUUUUAUUUAGGAUAAAAAUGUUUGAUUCUGAUUACCAAGUUUGUAUGUGUGUCAGCAUUUAUGUGUGUAUAUAUUAUACAGAUCUAUAUUAUAUUUACAGUUUUUGUACUAUCAUUUAAAAUGAAGAUGUUUCUUAAUAAAAUGUCAGAGUCUUACCACUUCA